AUGGCCCGUGGACCCGUCAAGCACCAGAAGCGCCUCAGCGCGCCCUCGCACUGGCUCCUGGACAAGCUGUCCGGUGCCUACGCUCCCAAGGCCUCCCCCGGUCCUCACAAGCUCCGCGACUCCCUUCCUUUGAUCAUCUUCCUCCGCAACCGCUUGAAGUAUGCGCUCAACGCCCGCGAGGUCAACGCCAUUCUCAUGCAGCGUCUGGUCAAGGUCGACGGCAAGGUCCGCACCGACUCCACCUUCCCCUCCGGUUUGAUGGAUGUCAUCUCCAUUGAGAAGACUGGCGAGAACUUCCGCCUGAUCUACGACACCAAGGGCCGCUUCACCGUCCACAGGAUCACAGACGAGGAGGCACAAUACAAGCUCGGCAAGGUCAAGCGCGUCCAGCUUGGCAAGGGCGGAAUUCCCUACUUGGUUACGCACGAUGCGCGAACAAUCCGCUACCCCGACCCCGCCAUCAAGGUCAACGACACCGUCAAGGUCGACCUCGCCACUGGCAAGAUCACCGACUUCAUCAAGUUCGACACUGGUGUCAUUGUCAUGGUUACCGGUGGUCGUAACAUGGGUCGUGUCGGUGUCAUCACUCACCGUGAGCGCCACGACGGAGGCUUCAACAUUGUCCACUUGAAGGAUGCCGUUGACAACGAGUUCACCACUCGUGAGUCCAACGUUAUCAUCAUCGGAAAGGAGAAGCCAUGGAUCUCUCUGCCCAAGGGUAAGGGUGUCAAGCUCUCCAUUGCUGAGGAGCGUGACCGCCGUAGGGCUUACGCCAUCGCUCACUAA